UAAUCUACACAAAGUUUAUAGCUUAGUCUGCCGCUUUAUGAAACAUUUGAACGAUACCACGCUUGAGGCUCCUCGUACAAGCAGAGGCUAAGGCUGCUAAGGUGUGUAGGCUCUGUUCGCUUGGAAUGGAUCAGACUACGGGCUGUCGCCGACAUUUUGCUGGCAAACCGGAAGAAAGACAACGCUUGUGAUUGCGCCGCGAAUGUGAGUGCAUCACUUGCCAGUCGCACACACAAGCCACUUAAAGAAGAGCUGAGAGCUACUCCACAGUAUUGGAGUUUGACAGCCAGGAGUUUCAAUCAGAGACAAUGAUGUUCCUGUUUCAAUAAAACCUGCAGAGGCCACCUCGUAAGUUUACUGGGGUUGAUCUGGAAAACAAUGUCAGAGUCAGACUGACCCAGCUUCAGUGGCGAUAUCGAUUGAUAUCAUGAUAUCCUCUCUGGCCACCAUUUCGGCCCUCACGAAAAUCGUGCGUUCUCUUUUGGAGGCCGCUCUGAUCAUCGCCCUGGAUCAGAAUCCACCGGAAUUCACUCUCAAAAAGACCUUAGGAAACCCAAGGUGACGGUGCUGAGCUUUGGUGAAACUGUUCUGGGCAAGAACUGUUUGUUUUUCAACUGCGACUUGGUGCAGUGCCCUCGCCGACGUGGACGCUUGGUUUGCGCACCCAAAAAGAGGGCGGACGGACUGUAUGACACGGGCCAGGUCUUUGCCGCCAAACGGAUGAAAUGGCCAGGUGCAGUGGUUGUUCUUAUUUUUUGCCCCAAACAAGAAGAGUCAAGUGGCUCAACAAAAACCUUUUGUUCCUAUGAUUAUAGUCUUGAGUCUUAAGUCUUAAGCUUAUAAUCUUAUAUUUAGCUCGUUUUCAUCUUCCCGGCGACGUGUUCGAUGGAGCCGCUCCCAUUCCUUUGUCGAUCCAACGAUCCCGUUCGCUUGCAUGACCCACGGGAAAACGAGAAAUCGGACCCAUGGAUGGUCGGACCUAAUGCCUUUUGGUUGCCCUUGGGCCACAGCACUCAAGGCACGGAGGCCUGGCUUCUCCGCCCGCCAUGCCGUUCUUGCCGGGGGUGAUCAUCGACUCGACCUCCGAGGGACGUGGCAAGGUGGAGUUGGAGCAUUCCAAGAAGCGUUCGGCCGACUCCAUCGGUCUGGGCAUCGAAGAGCGCUUGGAUCGACUCUCCGAACAGAUGGACCUGUGCCUUGCCGAGGUCGUUGCCUUGAAACCGGUUGGAGACUUGCAUCCGCGCUCCUGGAGCGGCGUCAUGCCACCCCUUCGCGCGCGCCCGUCCACGACGCCGUCGCGGGGGCAGCUGAGAGUGGCGGACCCACCGAGCCAGCGAAGUUCCAAACGGUCUGCACGGUUCUCGCAGAAGACGGAUGGAAGUGAAACGACGGUUGUGGAACAGCAUGUCCUACAGAGCCGACCGACCUUAGCAACCAAUCACAGAGGAGCUCGCGAGCGUUUCAAGAGCCAAGCUGUGCCUCGGUCGAUGGACUUGGAGAUUGCAUGGCGAUUGCACGCCAAGAACAACCGAGAGGAUGAGGAGGAGCCAGUGGCCUUGAAGCCUCUGCUGCGCUUGGUGGAGCGCAGCCGCCUCGAUAUGUUGUGGGAAUUGCUGGAUGAUCCGUCCUCGAGUCGGACGGCCUGGUGGGUGUCUCAAGUCCUCAAAGGCAUUGUGAUUCUCUCCUUGCUCUUCUCGAAUCUGCAAACCACUGAAGAGCCAAUCCUAGACACGGCUUUUGCUGCUGCAGCUGAAACCGCUCUGGACUGCAUUUUCUUGGUGGAAUUCUUGUGCCGAAUCCUAUCUGCACCCUUGAAGAGGAGUUAUGCUUUGGAUCCGUUGAACUGGGCAGACAUGUGGUCAGCCAUGGGGCUUCCGCUCAGGGCAUCCAUUGGAUUUGUGAUUUCCCAGAGUCCGGCGACUCUGGCUGAAGAUCUGGUGCAGCAUUACCUUCUAUUCUUUUUGCCUUUGGUGCGCUUCUUGAAGCUCUUGAGAUACUUUGAAUCCUUCAGGCUUCUCAUUGAUGCCUGUGGGAAGAGCGCAGAGGCCCUCCCGGUGCUGAUUUACAUGACUGCACUCAUCGUGCUGCUCUCGGCAACGGCCAUUUAUAUGGUCGAGGACCGGAAAAAUAUCCCCAGCAUGCCUCACAGUCUCUGGUUGGCUCUGGUGACGAUGACUACUGUGGGCUACGGCGAUUAUUAUCCCACAUCUCUCGCAGGCUAUCUCACCGUCUCCGUGCUAACCUUUGUGAGCGUUCUAUUCCUGGCGCUGCCUGUGGGGAUCAUUGGCCACGAGUUCACCAUGUCCUGGCAAAGCCGGACCCAGGUGCUCCUCAUGACGCGCUUUCGCAAGUCGCUGAACAAGUACGGCUAUGGCGCGGAGGAGCUGCGAGUUCUCAUUGAUUACGUCGAUGUGAAUGGAGAUGGUGAGCUGGCAUUUGAUGAGUUUGUAGAGCUCAUCAACCAGAUGAGGAUUGGUAUUUCACGGGAGCAAGCGGCUCUACUUUUUGGGAUUUUCGAUAUUGAUCAGAAUGGCUUCGUGGAGCACAAGGAAUUCCUGAAGCAUCUCUUUCCCCAAGAAUAUGUCCGUCGGCAGAGGAGUCGGAACUCCAAGAGUCGUGUGAGCGCGGCGAUUGAACAUUUGGAGACUCUUCAGUCGGAGAAGGACACGGAGCCGAGACCGCGCCGUGGGUGGCGACGGGCCAAGGACCUAAGGAGCCGGAGAAGCGCCAAGGGUGGCCAGGAUGGACAGGAAGAGAACGAAGCGUCGAUUCGUGUUGGCAGAGGAAUUCCUGCAGGCGCUCAAUUCUGAAGAAUGAGCAUGACGGCCACUCUUUUUUGUGUGUUUGUGGGUUUACUGGGUAAGAAAGUAUAUGCCACAAUGCGGUGUACAAAGAAUGUCCAAAAAAAAGCCUGUCGACGGCCAUGCCACGCGUUGUUUCCGCUUUUCAUGCCAUACACACCACUUUGUUUCGGGGUCGCACGUCUCAAUGUC